UGCAUGCUUAUUAUCCAAUUUUCAAAUUUUGGCCAUUUAUUUCUCCAUUUUAACAUGCAUCAAACGAUAAGAAAUUAGUAUAUACCUGAUACAAAAAUUUUCAGCUCAAAUUAUCACAGUUUCCUUCGACAGUGUUUAGGAAACCAACCAACUAAUAUGGUAGUCUUUGGUACUUUGUUUUUGACUGUUCUUCUUGCCGUUGCCCAAUUAGGGAAUGGAGCAACCUUGAAUAGGGUUUCAUCAGACACGGCAGAACAUCUCAACGCAGCUGGUGCGGCCGCAGUUCAAAAUGAACAGAACACCCAAACUAUUACCAAGGUAGAAACCACUGAGACCAAAAAUACAGGUAUUGUUGCUGGUGCACUUGAACAAUCAUCUCACACUAGUCAAGAUGCAGAAAUAGACUCAGAUUCAGAUGAGCAAGAUGUUGCGUAUAACGUUUUUGUUCCCCCUAGGAAUAAUGACGAUAACACACAGGAUUUUUGGAGGCAAAUUGUUGACCUCGGCUCAAACCACGAAAAUCUAAACAGAGAAAGCGACGACUUAUUAUUUAACCAGAUCGUAGGACUUGCGCAAUCCAGAUACGGAGUAACAUCAGGACAUUUAGGCCUUUUGAAAGACAUAAUCCAUGCAACAUACGUCGUCAUGAGAAAUUUCGUAUCCAACAUUUUCGGCAGUAAUGGUCUCUUCGAACAAUACGUUAGAGAAACGCACAGACUCGUAUCAAGAUUUUGGUCAGCUGUUUUGGGAAAUCCUGGCCUAUUAACUGGAUUCAUUCAUAGUACUCGUUGGGUAUGGCUUCAACUGUUAACAUCAGUUUUGGGUGGUUCUGGUCUGUUGAACUACGCAGUAGACCGUACCUACAGAGUAGAAGCCGAUCACGUAAAAUCCGUAUAUGGACCAUACAAACAAUGGCCAUCAGGGCACUUUGACCAGCACUCCAACGGCUGGUUGCAUGGAGUCGACAGGUAUCCACGUAGAGUAGACUAUUCAACAGACUUAUACGACGUGGACCAUUCCCACCUGAAUUCCUACGGAGACCAACCGAAUACCCACGGAGAAAACCUGAAUACCCACGGAGACAACCUGAAUACCCACGGAGACAACCUGAAUACCCACGGAGAAAUCCUGAAUACCCACGGAGACAACCUGAAUACGCACGGAGACAGCCUGAAUACCCACGGAGACAACCUGAAUACCCACGGAGACAACCUGAAUACCCACGCAGACAACCUGAAUACCCACGGACACCACCUGAAUUCCUACGGAAACCAUCCGAAUUCCCACAGCGACUACCUGGUUGCACAGUCUGGCGACCAAUCGCUCAACUUAGAACAAAAUAGAAAUAGAUGGUCAGAGAAUAAGCAAGAAAAUUCCGCAUCUGGUACUUUUUCGGUUCAUAACGAGAAAGAAUCAUCUGAAGGUGAGUCAGCUUCAUCAUCGCUGUAUAAGGAAGCCGCUUCUGAGAUAGAAUUACUCUUGAAAACAUAA